GAGUCACGUGAGUGUACCGACGCAGCAACAUGGCUCCUCUCAUCAGAAGGAGAAGUGCUGCGCUCGCGCUGCGGAGGAACGCGGCCGAACGGUUGUCCUGCGGUCCGAGCUACGAGGCGGUCGCCCGUUUUUAGCCGCGCGCCGCAGUGCACAGGUCUGCGCGGAGGGAGGCUCCGCGGAGAAGAGCCGCUCGCUCGGGGGAGCAUGGGAGCUGCUGGCGCGUGAGCCACAACACGUCGGGAGCGGAGCGGAGAGAGAGAGAGCCUGCUGUCCGACACCAGCGUAGUCCUUCUGAUCCUCCAUCUACACACCCCCAUGAAGGCUUGAGAGGGUCUGAGGAUCCCUUAACCGGGCCUUCCGUAGAGGCCUAAGUUUUGCCUUGCCUGAUCAGUCCUGCUCAGAGGCACCAGCAUGGAGUGGCCGGCAUCGUCUUUGGAGCGGGACCUGGGAGUGGACUACCGGCAAGUGGGGCCAGGAUCGCGCCCCCGUGAGCUGGUGGCCCUGGUCCCUGUCCGCUGGGUGUUGGCGCUGCGGGAGAGGAGGGUGACGCGCUGCGCUCGCUACGAAGGCACGGGUGAGAUGGAAGUGCGCGCCCUGCUCCAGCGCUCCCAGGCGAAGCUGCCUCCUGGCUGGACGCGUGUCUGCAUACAGGCUCUGAGGAAGAGCCGGCUGGGCUACAGACUGACUGUGGAGCCCAAUGGCCUGGAUGAGGCCUUCUCCAAGGAUUCCUUCCUCAGGAUAAUGCAGGGGGUAUCGGAGCAUAAUUUCAGGAACCUGUGGCGGGAGGCGUACCGUAGACACGUGCAGCCGUAUGCGGGCGCUGCGAAGCACACACAGGUGGUAGCACUGGAUGCUCUGCGUCGCUCGCUGCAGGCCCUCUUUGGCUGUCCCUUUCUGCCCACAGAUCGAGUCUCCCCCUCACUGUCCCCAGCUAGGGAGAAGGAAAGGGACAGCCCAUUUCCUGCCAGCAUCCCAAGUUCAGAGGCCCAGGCCGACCGCCUUUGUCCCAACAUCCUCCCUGCGGAGGGUCUGCUGGAGUCAGGGGAGGCAUUGUAUGUGGUAUUGCCCUACGCACAGUACUCCCUCCAUGACAUAGUCACCUAUAGCCCAGCGAAACUUGCCAACAGCCAGGCCAAGGUGCUAUUUGUGCUGUACCAGGUGCUGAUGGCAAUGCGUGCCUUCCAGGCCUCGGGCCUGUCUUGCGGGGAGCUGUCCCUGCAUGAUGUGGCUGUGGACGAACAGCUCUGCAGUCGCGUGAAGGUCAACCUGGCUCAUUAUGAGGACUUGGCUGAGCACAAGGAGAAGGCUGAAUGUGCUGCGGAGGUACUAUUGCCUGGCAGCGCUCGACUGAGGGGCAGCAAGAGCAAUGUGGGCAGUCAGCAGCAGUGCAAAGACUGCUGCGAUAAGUUUAAGUCACUCGUCAUGGAUUGGGUUCACGGGCGGGUCAGUAACUUUGAGUAUCUGAUGGAGCUCAACCGCCUGGCAGGUAGGCGUGAGGGAGACCCAAACUAUCACCCUGUCCUACCCUGGGUGGUGGACUUCACUGUACCCUUUGGGCGCUUCCGUGACCUUAGGAAGUCUAAAUUCCGCCUUAACAAAGGUGACAAGCAGCUGGACUUCACUUACGAGAUGACCAAAGAGGCACUGGCAGCAGCAGCUGCCAGUGGCAGUGCGGGGAGCAGUUUCGGAGGGGACCUUGGUGGGGCUGUCGGCUCCAGUGGAACAGGGCAGCAGGACCACCUUCACGUGCCACACCACAUUUCUGAUGUUCUGUCUGACAUCACCUACUAUGUAUACAAGGCUCGGCAGACGCCCAAGUCAGUGCUUUGCAGUCACGUGCGCUCGCAGUGGGAGCCCAACGAGUAUCCUGCAAGCAUGGAGCGCAUCCAGAUCUGGACGCCCGACGAGUGCAUACCGGAGUUCUAUACGGACCCCUCCAUUUUCCGCUCCAUUCACCCAGAUAUGCCAGACCUUGACGUGCCAUCUUGGUGCAACUCCUGCGAGGAGUUUGUGGAGGUUCACCGGCAGCUCCUGGAGAGCAGAGAAGUGUCCCAGCACUUGCACCACUGGAUAGAUCUCACGUUUGGCUACAAGCUCUCUGGAAAGGAGGCGGUGAAGGCCAAGAAUGUUUGCCUGCACCUUGUUGACAACCACACACACUUGGCCAGUUAUGGUGUGGUGCAGCUUUUUGACCAGCCGCACCCUCCGCGCCUUGCCCCUUACCAGUAUGCACCACCUGAACCCCCCCAUCUGGGUUCAGCCUCCGGUUCCUAUGCUACCUCCUGCAGGACCCUACCACUGGAGGCUGCAAUGGAUGGAGUUGACGGAAUGGUCCCAGAGGCAACAGGCUGUGAGUCUAGUGCCUGGACCGUGGUGGGUCGCGAUGAAGAGUUGGAACAAGGAAUGGAGGCACUGGACUCCCUCGGCACCCCGUCAGGUGCCUCCACAUCAACUGCCGUCCAGUUACCUUCAACUGGUGCUGUAAGCGCAAGACCAUCUGGGGAACUCCAGGUCUUGGCCUUAUCCCAGUCCCCAGUUACCUUUCCUUCAGAUGUGACCUCCAGCACUGUGGGGUCUGGCCUCCGAGCUGGGGUCCUGCAGAGAGCUGGCACUGUGAACAGGAAGCACGGUGAAGGGAGUGUCAACGCAAGCCACUCGGAUGACUUGAAGAUCAAUUUGCCAGAUGGAUUCAACGCCUUGCAGUCAUUGGAGGAGCUGGAGAAGCUCAACAACUUCCUGGUGAAGGGCCUUCGCACACAGCCUCAAGACUGUCUGAGGGAAGACCCCAAAUUGGUGCUAUCGGAGCCUCCCUCGUUCACUGAUCUCUUCCAGAGGGACAUGCAAGCCCUGGGUGUCCUGAUUGCAGAGAUCUUCUUCAGUUCCAAACUGCGCUGUUUGAAGCCUGAUGCCCCCCUGAAUGACCGUUUCCAGGCCGUCAUGAAGCUUUGUUCGGCCAGCCUCCGUGAUGUGCCCCUGGCCCUUCACCAUGCCCUGGAGACCCUGUUGCCUCUCUACAAAUAUUCAGCGCUGCUCUCCCCUGCAGAUUCACAGCUCAAAGUGCCGUGGCCUUUUCUAUUCAAGUAUGACCCAGUCUUCGAGGGCCUGCCUCCACCAAGCCCCUGGCAGCUGCUCAGUCCCAUCCUGUCCCCCCUGCCCUUCCCUGCAUAUUUCCCUUCUCUCCACCGCUUUAUCUUUUCCUACCAAGCCAAGAUGGUGUCCACUGCUGCUGGUCAAGGCCGCGAUACUGUCUUUCAGCUGUGGCAGCAACUGGAGACCCUGCUGCAGGGUGAGAUCACAGCCGAGGGUCUAGAAAUCCUGCUUCCCUUCGUGCUGGCGCUCAUGUUGGAGGAGUCCACAGCUGUAUAUGCCGCCUGGUAUCUGUUCGAACCCAUUUCACGGGCUCUGGGUCCGCGCAACUCCACCAAGUGCCUGCUGAAGCCCCUGGUGGGUGUGUACGAGAGCCCCCGCUGUCUGCGAGGACGCUUCUACCUGUACACAGAUUGCUUCGUGCUGCAGCUCAUUGUGCGCCUUGGCCUGCAGCCCUUCCUUUCCUGCUUGCUGCCCCAUGUGCUGCAGGUCCUCAUCGGCUUCAAGGGCUGCAGUGGUGCGGCCAGUGGGCAGUGGGAUAGCCGCAAAGCUCAGAGUGCCGGGGUGGGAGCCCUUGGGGAGGAAGAGGAGGAGGAGUAUGAAGGGGUAGAGGGGGGUCUGUCUGCAGGGCCCAUGACUGGGAAGGCAGGAGCAGGCGGUAGUGGGAGUGGCAGUGUGGGAGACCCAGGGUUAGUUGACUACUCUUCAGGGAUCAGCCUUAAUGACCAGGUCUUCCUGUCCGAGGGUGAGGACUUCCAGGACGGAUUCUACGUGAGCAAUGGCUCGGCGCCUAGCACAUUGCCGGGAAAGCGGCAACACCAGAACUCGGACCAGGAGUCCUUGAGUGUGGGGAAGCUGAGUGACAAGAGCAGCUCCAGUGAGGCGUCAGCCGGCGACGCUGACUCCACCCGGGACCGGGCCAGCUUGAAAUCGGCGGACAGCAGCCAAGACCUAAAGCAGGCCAGUGAGGGUGAGGAAGGAGGCGACGUAGAGGAAGAGGAGGGAGAAGAGGGCAAGAGGGGGGCAGGCAGCAUCCCAAGCCUGGAGCUCACGCUCUCUGGAUGUACCGAGGGCUCUGGAACCACAGUGGCCACCCUGGAAGGCCAUGAUGUGAAUGGGAUGGAACAUGGAGAAGCGGAAAAAGACUUGGUAGAUGAGGUAGAGGAAGAGGACGAGGAGGAGGAGGAGGAGGAGCACGAUCUGACUGAAGACUUUGAGAAGAAAGAGCACAAGAUAUUGAUGGACACUGUGUGUAAGACUGUGCGAUGGCUGGUGGCAAAGCUGGGGCCCACAGUGACAUCGCGGUAUGUGGCCCGCACCCUCCUCCGUCUCCUCACCACCUGCUACAUUGGUUCAGAUCAGCAUCAGUUUGUACCCAGCGCAUCAGAGGAGGGCAGUCUGGAGAGUGUAGGCAGUGUGUAUGAAAAGCGCCCCAUUGUGGGGGACCAGACCGCGGGCCCAGUUCUUGACUGUCUUAUUUACAUCGCACACUUGUACGGAGAGCCUGUGUUCACCUACCAGUACCUGCCCUACAUUGGAUACCUGGUGUCGCCGCCCUCCUCUUGCCGCCUCAACACACGCAAAGAAGCAGGACUGCUGGGGGCGGUGGUGCUGACCCAGAAGAUCAUCGUGUUCCUGUCAGACACCACGCUAAUGGACAUGUUGAUGAAGAUCAACCAGGAUGUGCUGCUGCCUCUGUUGGACCUGCUCACCACUCCCAAGAUGGGGUUUCCCAGCGGUGUGCAGACACGUUCCGCAGUGUGUCUGAAGACCCUCAGCCUUAUGGCCCUCAUCUGCCUGCGCAUCGGCCGGGAGAUGGUGCAGCAACACAUGUCUGACACCCUCAGCCGCUUCUUCCAGGUCUUCUCCCUGCUGCAUGAUAUCCAGGCACAGGUGGACACGGCCAUCCAUCGGGAAAUUGGAGACUGCACAGUGCUGGACCUCGUUUCUCCUGGAGGGUUAGAGGUCACAUACGAGCUAGCAGUGUUGCAGGAGCUCCAGGCUGUGUUCAGUGCAGAGAUGGCCUAUGCUGCAUAUAUCCCCUUCUACUGUCUCAUUGGUGACAAUGCAAUCCGGAAGCUGGUUCCAAACCAUGAGCUGGUCUGGCGUUUGGCUCAGUCUUACCACGAGCGGGUCAGUCCAGGGACUCCUGGAAGCACCGUGGCUGCAGGGCCGAAACUCGAGCCUCCUCCUUCUACCUCCCCUUACCCUGUGGGCUUGUCUCCUUGCCUGGGUGCCAGGUUGGGCCGCAGCCCCUUCCCUGCUCCCUCCUCCGCCUCCACCCCUGUGAGUGGAGACUCCCUCCCGGAGUCAGGCACAUUUGGCAGCCACCUGGUGGGGAACAGGAUCCAGUUGGCGCGAGACUUCGAGUCCGGGGGCAGCCCUGGCCUGCUCGACAGCUGGGGCCGUCAGAACCCAGGCCACCUGGCCCAGGUUUCCCUGCCUGCCGGCCCUUCUUUCUCUUCUUCUUCAGCCUCUUCCUGGGUACUGGGCCCGACACCAGAGGACAGCGCUCUGAAGCAGGAUCUUCCACGCAGCGGGCGUGCACUCCAGGGCAACUGGCUGGCUCACUGGCAGUAUGAAAUUGGACUGAACCAGCAGGAUCCACACUUCCGCUUCCACCAGAUCCGUUUGCAGAGUUUUCUGGGGCACUCUGGCACAGCAAAAUGCCUAGCACCACUGUCUGGGGAGGACUAUUUCCUUUCGGGAAGCAAGGACAAGACCGUGCGUUUGUGGCCGCUAUACAACCGAGGGGACGGCACCCAUGAGGCCGAGCCACGCCUCAUCUACACAGAGCACCGCAAGUCUGUCUUCUACGUGGGUCAGCUGGAGGCGCUACAGGAAGUAGUCAGCUGUGAUGGCACAGUGCAUUUGUGGGACCAGUUCACAGGAAAGCAUAUUCGCUCAUACGAGGCACUAGACGGAAAGAACCCCAUCACGGCUGUGACCACCAUGCCAGCCCCACACUGCAGCGUCGUGUUUGGUAGCGCAGACUCUGUGCUCCGCUUCAUCGACCCGCGAAAACCCGGCCUUCAGCAUGAGUUUCGCUUAGCCUACAGCAACAUGAGCGCCGGCCUGAUACGCUACCUGGCUGUGAGCCCUAGUGGGCGCACUGUGGCAGCUGGCUUCUCUUCAGGUUUCAUUGUUUUGCUGGAUGCACGGACGGGCCUGGUGCUUCGAGGCUGGCCUGCUCAUGAAGGGGACAUCCUGCAUAUGAAGGCUGUAGAGGGGAACUUGGUGCUGAGCUCUUCCACCGAUCAUACGCUGACAGUGUGGAAGGACCUGGAAAACAAGCCGCUUCACCAGUACAAGUCCCCCUCUGACCCCAUUCAUGCCUUUGACCUUUAUGGGUCUGAGAUCGUGGCAGGUACAGUGGCUAACAAGAUCUGCGUGUACACCAUGAUGGACAUCUCUGCUGGCCCUGCCAGCAGCACCAAGCUGAGCUCUGAGAACUUCCGUGGCACCCUCACCAGUCUGGCUGUGCUACCCACCAAGAGACUCUUGCUCCUGGGCUCUGAAAAUGGAGCCAUCAGGCUUUUGGCUUAGGUUGAUCCUUUGCUAAGUUCUUAGGUUCCUGUUCCAAGCCUGGGAACACUUGGAUGUCUUCCCACAUGCAAGCUCCAGUGCCACCUUUGCCUCCUCUGUAUAUAGAGCUGUUGAUGGAGCCAGUCCCCCAGAAGACUUAAUAGCAGAGAGUAGAGUAUAGCACAUCUUGUGUAUUUGUAUGGACCUCUUCCUUAAAGGACCUAGUUCUUCUGUUGGUGACCAAAUAAUAUUGAGAAUACUUUUCCUACACCAACGAGCUAUAUCUAAGGAAUAAAAAUGUGUAAUUAAUGUCUCUUACACUUUCCUAUGGAACUCCUGACCACUGCAGUUGCUGCUGUUGAUGUAAAUGGUGACUUUGUACAAUGGUUUUUUUUUUUUUUUUUUUUUGUCCUUUUGAAAAUUCCUCUUCACAAGAAGGAUUCAGAAGAACUGCUCAGGAAGGUGGAACCAAACUGGUUCUUGUGUAGUGUUUACACUUUCCAAAUAGAAGCAUAAAGACACCAAAAAUUACAUGCGGUCAUUAUAUCCACUUCACAGAAUACACAUGCACCAGUAACACAUGAUGACUAUGCAGUAUUCAUUGAUACGAAUAUAUUUUAUGAAGAAAAUGCCAUAUAAGUGUUUUUAAAGUUAAACCCUUUUGUUAGCCAUAUUGAUAAUGGAAAAAUGUUUUCUUUUUUUUUUUAUACUGGGUAACAUUUCUACUGUUCUGAGUGGAGAUGAAAGUGAUGCACAGGUGCAUUCCCACUCAGCAGUGGACAUUAAAUUUGCUGUUCAGAUUCUGACGACAUAGACAACGUAUGAUGGAGCACCGGUGCCCAGUGGCCGAAGCAGACAGAGCUUUGGCAUCUGACUUCCUCAGUCUCUUUCCUUUUCAUUUUUUUUUCUGUGGAUGCAGCAAGUGUCUUAGUCCUUUCUUGUGAGUCAGCAUUCAUGUUUCGUUCCAGUGUGGAAAAUAUCCAAGCCAGAGUAGAGCAGGUAAUCCUGCAUUUUCCGUCUGGUUUAAUACACGUAGGAUCUGAUGCAAUUUUGCAUCUCGUUUCAUGAAUUUGGCUGGUCCUUUUAAACAAACUAAGUUGUGCACAACUUACACUAACAGGCAUUUCCUUGAUGUCUUUAAACUGAUUCGAGGUUCCAUGUCUUGCAGCCAAAAACAGCUUAGUCCCUUUGAUACAUUGAAACUGAGUAAAAAUAAGUUUUAAUAUAGUUUUCAUGUGAGAAGUCAUUAUUCUGUUUGUUUUCUGUGUCUGAAUAGAAGAUGAGUCAAAUAUUUGAUUGGCCCAAGUCACCCACCGAAAAACGCGAGGAAGCUAUCAGUCAAAAUAGAUGCGGACUCACAGGGAGCAAAGCUGGGGGGGGUUGUUCUGUUUUGGUGGGCGUGGCCUCUAGCUGUCACUAUGAUGCACUGUUUGUAGCAAGGAGAAAUGGCCUGUGUGUGUGUGUUUUUUCCUUUUCUUUUGUCAUUUCUGUCUUAUUUAUAGCCUUCACAGAAAAAUACAGGAAAAUGCCAAGUCUGGAAUUUGUUUGGUCGGGAAGUGUGUGCUUUUACUUUGUGGGAUGGAACAUUUAUGAUGGGGUCAGUAAUACUGUUCAGUAUAAAUAGCCAUGUUAAUUUUGAGUUUUGCUAAUGGAAUGGAAAAAAUAAGGGCCAGUACAUGUGAGUGGUUGGAGUUCUACAGAGGGCCUCUGUCAAUAUCACUGGUGAUGUUACUACAGGAUACUACACCUGCACGUCGUGUCCAAGAUGAAAGAUUGUUUUUUCCCAAGAGCUGUCUCGAUUAUGUUGCUGUCUGGUUCAUUUUUGUAUAUAUUCUUGUCAUAUUCUUAUUUUUUCCCUUCUCAAAAGGAGCAAAGUAACAAUCCAAUUAGCAGACAUGGACACUUUUACUUACACGUUAUGUAUAACCCGUUGCUGUAUUUUAAUGAAAGAAAUAACCUAA